AUGAGCUCAGAGAAGACCGCCGUCGCCGCCGGCGUCCCGCCCCCCGUCGCCAAGAAGCCCUACCCCUUCUGGCUCGGAGGUGUCGCUGCAUCCAUCGCCGGUGCCAUCACCCACCCCCUCGACCUGACCAAGGUCCGUCUCCAGGUCACGGGCGAGAAGCACAUGAUCAAUGAGAUCAAGAAGACCGUUCAGACUUACGGCAUCCGAGGACUCUACGACGGACUGACGGGAACGCUGCUCCGACAGAUGACCUACUCCAUGAUGCGUUUCGCGGCGUACGACCAGGUCAAGGGCCUGAUGCACAAGGAGGCCGGCCCUCCCCCCGCGUGGAAGAUGGGCGUCGCCGGCUCCAUCGCCGGAGGUAUCGCGGGCACGCUCGGCAACCCUGCCGAGCUGAUGAUGGUGCGCAUGCAGGCCGACCGUGCCAAGCCGCCAGCCCAGCGCUACAACUACCGCAACUCGGUCCAGGGUCUGUACCGCAUGGCCGUUGACGAGGGUAUUGCCUCGUGGUUCCGUGGUGUCGGCCCCAACUCCCUCCGCUCCGUCCUCAUGAACGCGUCCCAGCUCGGUGCCUACGACUGGUUCAAGUCCCAGCUCCAGCGCUUCAUGCAGGACGGCCCUGCCCUCCACUUCCUCGCCUCGUUCGGUGCCGGUACCUUCGCCACGACUGUCUGCUCGCCCGCCGACGUUCUCAAGUCCCGUAUCAUGAACGCUUCCAACAACGAGGGCGUCGCCCAGGUCCUCAAGACCGGUCUCGCCAAGGACGGCCCCCUCUUCCUCUUCAAGGGAUGGACUCCCGCAUGGAUCCGUCUUACCCCGACGACCAUUCUUAUCUCGAGCACGCCACAGCUUGCCCUCCGACGUUAUCGAGCUGACAUUCAGUCCUCACCCUCGAGCAGCUCAAGGCCGGUGUCGACCGCUACCGCAAGGCCGGCGGCACCCUCCUCUAAGCGCAUGCCCGAAUCGCCUAAGUCGAGGAUCUACCCCCACCCUCACCCUAAAUCUCUAGCAAACAACAACAACGACCCCCAGCAAAACUGUAGAAACGGCCUCAUUUGGUUUAUGGAUGAUAUCCUUAUGUUUCAUCAUCCCCACUUCACUCACCUUCCCACCACUUCCUACAGCGACUCACCACUUCCUACAGCGACUCGACAAGGGUCGCCAACGUCCAUCAUCGCCGCCGACCAGAGUACACCUCUCGACAAGAAGCACGUACCGCAAGUUGGACCGGUAAGCUGCCAUGAUUCUGUCCAACAAGCUGACACCCAGGAAGAGGUGUACGCUGAAAGGGCCGUCCGUGGUCUAGAAGCUAACUCCCAGAGAGUCGAAGGGUGUGCUUUGGUACUCCUCCUGAAGCUGCCAGUUCUGGGACAGAUGCUCAGGGGCAUAGCUCAUUCCAGCUCUCCCUCUCCCAAUCGUGCCUCUGAUCGAGCUGAUUUCAGUCAUCUCCUGGUGAACAUGUCGUCGUCCCCUGAAGCAUCUGAGGAGGCAGGUACGCUUCUCCGAAGUGCGCUCGAGCCGACUCCAGCGCGGACUGCAGCGCCGAUGGACGCCGAAAUGGGUGAGACGGGAGAGAAGGGAGAGAAGGGAGAGAAGGGAGAGAAGGGUGAGCUUAGACAGGGUAAGCCUCAAGCUGAUUUCCAGUCUCAACGCCUGCUCCCGUUGCCGAGACCGAGGGCGGAGACGCAGACGAGAAUGGUACGCUACAUGCCCCCAUCCCGAGCUGACACCAGACGAGCUGACACCAGAGGGUACGCUGUCACGGUUGAUUUGGAGCUGAAUCCCAGUCCCUGA